CUCUCUCUCUCUCUCCUCUUUUCUUCUUAUAUUCACUGCUUCUCUCUCUCUCUCUCUCUCUCUCUCUCCGGAAAGCCGCUUCGCAUUUCUGGGCACAAAAGCGGUUUUCCGGCCGUCUAGAGAGAGGAUUUCCGGCGCUAGGGUUUUGAAAAAAACCAGAUCGGAAUCGGCGGCUUUGGGUUCUUUCGUUAUUAGGGGCGGAGUUGGGUUUUGAAGAUUGAUAAUGGCUGGCGAGAAGAAAAUUGAUAAGUCCGAGCCAGUUGCUGCAGUAUUGAAGUCAGAUCCCUCUCCUAAAGUGGCUGGGCAAGAUGUGGCUUCUGGAAAAGGUGGAACACCAACUGUUUUGUCCUCUUCUAUAUCCUCCUCAGGAGAUGCUAUCUCCAGCAUGAAAGGUGAGACUGGUCAAGAGUCAGUUGCAGAGCAAGGUGUUUACUAUCCACCUACUAGCUAUGACAAUUAUUAUUACCCAGGCUAUAAUGGGACCUUUACCCAAUUGGAUGACCAUAAUUAUUUUAAUGCUGGAGGUGGUUCUUAUACAGGUUUUCAAACGGAUAAUGGUUCACUUCUCUAUUAUCUGCCUGGUUAUGAUCCUUAUGCUACUGGGUCUUUUAUGGGUAUGGAUGGGCAGCAACCAUACUAUUCUUCACCAGGAUAUCUUCAGCAGCCUGUUUCAUAUGGAUCAGAGGCCAUGCCAUGUUACUCAUGGGAUUCUGCGUAUGUUGGAGACGUAGCAAAUGGGACGACCGGUUUUCCUGGGAAGCCAAAAUCUGCUUUUGGCUCUAAUGCUUCAAUGAAGUCAAAUAGUUAUAACUCUGUAAAAUCAGGUGCUGCUCUUGCUAGCAAAUUUUCAACGUUGCCCUUGGAUUCUAGGUCACGAAAAUCUGCUGCCUCAUCCAAUAUCUCUAAAUCUAUCAUUGAAAGUCAACCUCUCAGAACUUUGGGCAAGCUAGGUUCUGGUUACCAAUCAGCGAACCUUAUGAAAGGAUAUCACCCUGUUGGUAAUUUCUCAUCAUUUAUCAAUCAAAACCAUAAUAGUUCAAUGAACUACAGAUCGAACAGUAGAGUAUGGAAUGGGAACAACAAAUUCAAUAGGUUGAGAGACAGAAAUGUAGGGUUUGAUGCUUCAUCUGAGCUAACAUGUGGUCCUAGGGCCCAGAAUGGGAGCAAUCCUUCAAACCCAUCAGAAGUAGAACAGCUGGGACUCAUGGUUCGAAGGGAUCAAUAUAACGUAAAAGAGUUUCAAAUUGUGUAUGACAACGCAAAGUUUUAUGUCAUCAAGUCGUACAGCGAAGAUGAUAUCCAUAAGUGUAUUAAAUAUGAUGUCUGGUCCAGUACUCCAAAUGGCAAUAAGAAAUUGGAUGCUGCUUUCCAUGACGCGGAGGCAAAAGCCUGCGAGACGGGCACAAAAUGUCCAAUCUUCCUCUUUUUUUCAGUGAAUGGAAGUGGACAAUUUAUAGGUGUAGCUGAGAUGAUUGGGCCGGUGGAUUUCAACAAGGACAUGGAUUUUUGGCAACUUGACAAGUGGAAUGGGUUUUUCCCAGUAAAGUGGCACAUAAUUAAGGAUACCCCUAAUACACAGCUGCGGCACAUCAUCCUUGAAAACAACGAUAACAGAUCUGUAACUUACAGCAGGGAUACUCAGGAGAUUGGAUUUAAGCAAGGAAUAGAGAUGCUAAACAUUUUUAAGAGUUACUCAGAGAAGACAUCCGUAUUGGAUGAUUUCAAUUUCUAUGAAAUCCGGGAGCAAUCGCUUAAAGCUAAAAGGAGCAGCAAGCAAGCUUCAUCUCAAACUGAAGUACACAUGAAUCAUGAUUUUCCUAUGCAUUUGAAAACAGGAGAAACGACAACUGAAGAAGCAGCUGCAGCGAGGUCGAAUAAUUCUUCUGAUUCAACAUCGUCGCUCGUCAAUCUCACCAAAAAUCUCUCCCUCAAUUCUCACCCACUGAAGGGUGGUGGUGCUGUUAUGAAUCCAAGAGAGAACUCCACACCUAUCCCCGAUUCAAAGGCAUUUUAGAGACACUAGGGCUUGCCGUAUCUUUUUCGCUCAGGCUUUUUUGUUCUUUUCAUUUAAGUUAGUUUAUUAUAUAGUUCAAUUUUAGUUUCUUUUGAUGAUUUAAUGGGGUUUGAGAUGAUUUGGUCAGGUAAUUGCAGCAGUCAGUUAAUUUUCUUGUUGCCGUUUAAUUUAAUUUCUCCAUGACCUGUUGUUAUGUUUGAGACUUUGGCCGACUCACCUUUUUUUAUUUUUAAUUUGGGUUGUCAAUACUGAUUUGGUUUUUCAUAAUGUGAAAGAACCUAGGCCAGCUCAUUCAUGGCCAAUACAAA